AUGGAAAACGAGAAGACUAGUGUGAGAAAAUUUAAUGCUUUCAAACUUGCAGAAGAUCAAAAUGAUCUGCCGGAGCCGGAGCCGGAGGAAGAGAAGAUGGAGAAGUUCUUUGCGUUGAUAAAAAGCUUCAACGACGCACGUAAUCGCCGAAGGAAUGAAUUGAUGAUCAUCAAUGAAAUGGAGAAGAAGAAGAACAAGAGAAAGAGGCCGGAAGUUGAUCUCCAACAAUCAAGUUGGGUUCCAUCGUUCAAAUGGGAAGAUUUUACGGAAGAGAUUGAAUUCAGAAGGCCUCCUUUGAUUUUCCCUGAUCCUUGUAACAGCAGACAAGUCCAGAAAGAUCAACAAGAUUGCUUAGACCUCAAUCUGACUCUCUAG